AUGCGCUCUUCUGUGCAUGAAAGUGGCCGAGUCAUGAUGGCGUGCCCCAACGCGGAUUCAGAGCGUAGCGCUGCCUUUGAUCCAUUUGAUGGUGUAGAAAAAGACGAGGCAACACAAGUAAAGAUCAAGUGGUGGGCGAGCCAUGUUAAUCAAGUGCUGGAUUCUCAUCGAAGUCCUUUUGUGGCUGCCGAAAUUCUGUUGCAGCAGAUGAAUGAGUAUGGAACCAAUGAAAAUAUUACGGAAGAUCUCCUAUUGGCCACGGUCUUACCCGUUCUUCAUCGCUGUGCUUUCUGCCUGGGAACGUAUGGCGAUCUGCUUGAGAAGGCGUUGCACGAGGUCCUUCCUGCGAUAAUGUUUGCGAGAACUUAUGCUUUCCCCCAUGGAGAGGUACUUCAAAGGCGGCCCUAUGCGGAGUGUUUCGCGUGUAUCCGACGGAAAUUUAAUUACCAUGUUCAUUUAUCUUCCAUUUUACAGCGCAAAGUUGCAUUGGAAGAAGAAGUCAUGACGCGAGUUGUUUGCAAGCUUGACAAGUUGUGGUUGAAGAUGUGUUUUAGGGCCUGGUGUGGUCUUUGUCUGCAUGUCCAUGCAAAAAAGAGGUGCUUUCAACGGUUGGCUGCCAGGGGUGCAGCGUUGAGAGUGGUUCCUGGAUUUGUCAGGAGUUGGCGACGCUACGCGCACGAGGUAACACUGCGAGAAAAACUUUUAAAGCACGAUGGAUUAACAAGGGAGAUUGAGGAACUGUAUCACAUUGAACAGGUCGUUAAAAGCCGUCAUGAAAGUAUUCUUGAGGAGGUUCGGGAGAAACAUCGUUUGCUGGAAACGACAACUGAACGUUUUAUGGAGGUGGAAAGUCGUUUGAAGGUCCUUGAGGGCAUUUUGGAUGAGACGGUGCUCUCUCUUCGUGCGCAUUGGAAAAGCUGGAAUGAGACCACCGUUAGCCUUUUCUCUGACACCAACGAAUUUCAACCUCCUGCCGUUGGAAAUCUUCGCGCUGAUCUUCAGUCAACCAUUCAAAACAUAACAGACACAGCAACGUUCUAUUUACGAGAAGCUCAAAAGCGUGCAUGUAAACUAGGUAAAAACACGAUUUCUCAAUUUCUUUCAAGGGCAAAAAUGGGCGGUGAGAUAGCUGAGCGGCCAGGACCGGAUGAUCUUAUUGCCAUGGUGACGAGCGUCUGCAAUCCUGUCACGUCCCCUUUAAGACUGGUGGAUGUGGUUCGCGAUGAUCAACGGAAGUACGAUUUAACCCUUAAGUUUCUUGCUUGCGUGAAUGACGGUGGCCAUUGCUCCCUGUUCACUCAGCAUGAAUUUCCUUCCGAGGAUGAAUUUUCAACCGAUGUCUUCAAUGAGCAUGGAAAAGAGAUGGUAGCACAUGUUGCCACUGGCGUGGAUUCUCUUCAUUGUUGCCCAGCGACAAAUGAGAAAUACAUUGAAGCCAUAAGAAAUUGUUUGACGGCGGAAGAGCUCAAUAAAGUGGGUGACUACUUGGGUAGGGUAUUUUGUGAACUUGCUGCAGCUGGUCUUCCUCUACAGAAGGCCAAAAUUGAGGGGUGCAUUUGUCCCAUUGUGGAGCCGCAUGACCGCCAAAUUGUUCGCGCGUUGUAUCCUUCACAGGGCAUCAAGUCUAUAGAUGACAUGAUAAACUACCUCUUAAGUGUGUCUCAUCUCACGUCUUGGACAAUUAGCAGUCUGGUGGAGCAUUUGGAGAAUAACUAUGAUGCUGAUCCCAAAGAAGAUCUCUUUACUGCGCUUUCUGACGAGGCCGUUAUAAAUUAUUUCAACGAACAGGCCAGGGUCAUUGAUAGCCUUUUUUCAACGUUCAAGGGGAAAAGAUCCCAGGUAUUUUUUUCAAAGGAACUGAUUCAAGGGUUUCUGAUUGCAAAAUUUGGCCUCCUUAGUAGUGAAGUUGACACCUUAUUCAGCCUGGGUGCAGUCCAGGGGAAGGUGACCAAAGGUGAAUUUAACAGGUUUCUCAUUGUACUCGCUGCCUUCGUCAACCCCUCACCUUUUGUGUCAAUGGCUGAAAAACUUGCGGCUGUUGUUAGGCUAUGUAUAGAUGGAAAGUAA